AUGGGCAACCUGCUCCUUUCGUCGUGUCCCGGGAAAAAGGUCCGACUGACGGGUCCGGUCCGAGGAAGGGGUGCCAUCUGCCGAGAUCUCGGCUUGGACCUGCAGCGAUUCCGCCAGAUCGGCAUCGGUGCCAUCGUCUGCUGUCUCGACGACGAGGAGCUCUCGUUCCUGGGCGCCCCCUGGGAGUCGUACGAGCGCGAGGCCGACUCAUUGGGCCUGGAUGUGAUCCGGCUGCCGAUGGCAGAGGGCUUUGCCCCCACGAGCGUCGAGACGGCCGACGCGGCCAUCACGAGCCUCGUCUCCGACUACACCCUCCAGGGCGUCCACGUUCUCGUCCAUUGUCGGGGUGGCGUGGGGCGAGCAGGCCUGAUUGCCUGCAUCUGGAUGCUCAAGCUCGGUCUCGUCUGGGAGGCGCCGAGACAGGCACCAUUCUUCAUGCAGAAGCACCUCUACAAGACACUGUGCGCCCUCGUCGACACGAUUCGGAUGCGCAGAAGCCUCAAGGCAAUCGAAACGGCCGAGCAGGUCCACUUCUUGGCCAGGUACAUCGAAUACCUC